GCGCUGUGUCCCUCGGACACAGCUAUCACCGAUCACGGAAAGAGCCAAAGAUGUCGGCUCGGUCAUGUGAUCAGCUGUGUCCAAUCACAGCUGAUCACAUGGGACAUGUACACUGAUGAUCAGGGUACUGAUGAUCAGUGUGCCCUGAUGAUCAGUGUAGCCCCAGCAGUGCCAGCUGUCAGUGUCCAUCAGUGCCACAUCAAUGCACACAUAUCAGUGCCCAUCUAAACUGCCUUUCAGUGUCACCCAUCAGUGCCAGUCAGUGCCACCUAUCAGUGCUGUCAAUCAGUGCCACCUAUUAGUGCCAGUCAGUGCUGCAUAUCAGUGCUGCCUUUCAGUG